UGAUUAUCUUGUUUUGUAGAUUUGUUACACGAAAUUAGUAAAAAUGGCAUAAAAAAUGCAUACGGGUCACAAGUCCCACUUGUGGACAUUUUACACGAGCUCGUUGAUCUCUGACAACUGCUUGGUUUUAACUUAUUAAAAGCGCGCAAACUACCAAAUUUAUUGUUGGAAGAUAGAUAUAACUGAAAUGGGCCUAACGGGCUUUAAUGGGCCAAGCUGGAACUCAACAAACAGGUACGAGAUUUUUGAAUUAUUCUGAUUCAGCGUCGAGAAAAAAGCUACGAUUGUGUGUUUAUUAUUAUUGCAACCAUUUCUCUGCUGUUUCUUCGUCGUUUAGCUUCAGAGGACGACAAUCCGGUAGGCGAGAGAGAGAGAUUAAUCAAUCGGCGACCUUUUUAAUUCGCUCGUAAUUCGUUUUGAUUUUCGUGUUUUUGCAACGAAUUUAACAACUUCUGUGUGUGUGGGUGUGAGUUUCUUAAGAGAAGUCAGAAACAAUGAUUGGGUUGUUUAAAGUAAAGGAAAAGCAAAGAGAACAAGCUCAAAAUGCUACUAGAGGAGGAGCUUCUGUUAAGAAGCAAUCUGCUGGCGAACUUCGUCUUCACAAAGAUAUAUCAGAGUUGAACCUUCCUAGCUCUUGUUCAAUAUCUUUUCCAAAUGGCAAAGAUGAUUUGAUGAACUUUGAAGUAUCCAUUAAACCUGAUGAUGGAUAUUACCACAAUGGUACGUUUGUUUUCACAUUCCAAGUCUCUCCUGUGUAUCCACAUGAAGCUCCAAAAGUUAAAUGCAAAACCAAGGUUUAUCAUCCCAAUAUCGAUUUGGAAGGAAACGUUUGCCUGAACAUCUUGCGUGAAGAUUGGAAACCUGUUCUUAACAUUAACACAGUUAUCUACGGACUCUUCCAUCUGUUCACGGAACCCAAUUCUGAAGAUCCCUUGAACCAUGAUGCUGCAGCAGUUUUGAGGGAUAACCCAAAGCUCUUUGAGACCAAUGUUCGCAGGGCCAUGACCGGUGGAUAUGUCGGUCAGACCUUUUUCCCGCGUUGUAUCUAACAAAGCUCUGGUUUGUCUUCUUCAAGGAAAAAGAUAAGAACCAAACCCUUUGUCCGCCAUUGUAUUUCUUCUCUUUCUCAAGGACCCUCGUUUGUUUGUUUGAUCUUGUAAAAUUACAUUCCGCGUUAAAGUAACCCUUUCCUUAUAUCGAAAUCUUGUCAACUUUAAGUUCGUGAGAAUUCGAUAAAGGAGACUAAAAGGAAUUGUAUAACAUGUUUGAUCUUUGUCAUUUCUUGGGUUCCUUAUAAAUCAUUUGUUUAAAUUUCAUUCGAAAUACUGUUUGAAAUAUAGCCUUCAUAACUGGA